GGACCGGUCCACUGCUCAAGAACCUGAAAAGUGGUUCUGAAGGGGAUACGACUGCAGAUGAGGGAGAGGAUGAAGAGGAAGAUGGCAUUGUGACACGUGCGCCGAAACGUUCAUCAGUGGACCAGCAACAUAAGGACGCUAUCUCUAUCGCAGAGUCCCUAGAGGCAUUCCAAAUGUCCACCACGACAAUUCUCGUCCAGGAGGAGCUCGUAUCGCAUGUCAGACCACCCAUCCUCUCGCCAGAUCCACCAACCGAGGCAGAGGUGCAAGCACGCACAGAGACACCUCGAAUCGAUCUCGUACCUCCGACUCCGAGAUCAAAGACUCCACCGUCUUCUUUGCGUCGCUCUCAAACGCCUUCUGCCUCACUCUUACCCAACCCCCUUUCAUCCUCCCUCUUGAUCAAGUCGCCAUCCAGCCCACCUGGUCCUAUAUCCAUCCCUCAGCACACACCACCGCGAAAGAUGCCUGGGCAGAGAUA